AUGGGCUGUGGAUCAUCAUCAGGUACCUCCCCAGUAACGGUUUCUCCACUCACAGAGAAAGUACUACCUCUUCGUGAACAAAGCAAGGAAGAAAUAACUGAGCUAGAGAGGCUCUGAAAAGAGUUACUUGAAAUGAAGAAAGUGAAGUUCAAUUUUGACUUUGAAAUCACACUUGACAUGAAGGAAGACAACCACAAAAAGUUUAUUGAGCAAACAUCUGACAAAGAGUUCCCUUCAUUCGGUAAACUUGUGCUAAAAUAAUGUGGGGAAAUUAUCACCUGAUGAAAGAGGUUAUUUUAACGAGUUUCUUCAUGGAACGACUCCUGUGCUUCCAAAUUAUAUGGAGCACUUUGUUUUUCAAGGAAACGAGACAAUGGUCAUGUAUUUUAUCGAUAAGUUAAUACAUACUCUCGAAGUAGUAUCUCAAUCAAUCUCUAUUAGCGACUUUGUGAUCGAUGAAGCUUCCUUAUCUAGAAUUUUCGAUGCUUCUUACAAGGUUUGCAGAUUAAAAUUGGAGAACUGAAAAUUGAGCAUAAAAAGUAUCUUAAGUCUUGAAGAAAAUCAAGAAAAUAUGUCUCAGAACUCUCAAGACCAAAAUGAAACAGGAAGGAAGCCAAUACUGAGAUCUCUCUCAAUUGGUAAAUUUAAAACUGUUAAAGAGAUAUCCUUGCUAGCCCAGAGCUUAGGAACUACCAAGAUCACAAGCACUUUAAAUACAGUUUUUGUACAGUGCGAGGAAGAAGUUACUACAGAUAAGGUCAAUAAGAUUUUUAAUGAGUGGGGAUUUUCACUUAGCUAAA